GUUAAUGUACAAUUUAAAUGUCGAUAAGCCACAUGGUUGGAUGCUUCGUUUACCGUGAUUUGUACACAAAAAAGAUAACAUGAAAAAUAUUAAAAAUAAAAGAUCCGAAGGAAAGGAAGAUCACGAAAAUGGGAAACAAAAGAAAUUUGACAAGAAAAAAUACAGAUUACAAAAAUAUAGCAAUAAAUAUAAAAUUAAUCAAUGGGAAGAAAGGAGGAAGAAAGCUGUGUUACGUGAAUAUUACAAGGAACUCAAAAGGGAUCAGCAGACUUCUUCACAAAUAUCAUCAAAUUGUGCAUCCAAGAAUACGAAUGAGAUGAGCAACUCAAAAAGUAAGAGCUACGCCUUUUACAAGGCCAAACAGGAAUAUAAGCGCAAACAAGAAGAGAAGAAGAAAAGGAUACAGGAUAUGAUUCGUGUAAAAGCAGAACGAGAGGAAGCCUUGAAAAAAUACAAGGAGAAGAAAUUGCAUAAUUUUAAGAUGUUAUCAAAAAAGACAAAGAAAGGACAACCUGUUAUGAGAGGCAGAAUAGAAAUGUUGCUCGAAAAGAUACAGCAAAGUUUAACGUAAUAUAUAAUUUCUUACUGUUGAAAUUUAUUACUUAUAUCUAGCUAAAUUGAUUAAAUCAUAGUGAAUAAGAAAAAAGCAUAUUGUACAUUGCAACAUAAUAUAUAUCUAGAAGAAUAAUAGAAUGUUUUUAU